AUGCUUGACAUGAAAGAAAAUUCAUCAAGUGGCGUACUUGAGCUCCAGACAUAUGAAAAUGUGGAGGCUGCCAAUGAUACCGCCGUCUGCGAGAAACAUGGCACUCAGUACGAUAAGAAAGACAUGAAUCGCAUGGGCAAGCUACAGCAGCUAAGUAGGAACUUCCAAUUCUUUCAGAUUUUUAGUAUAGCAGCCAUUCUAGGCAGCACAUGGGAGUUCGCACUAGUCAUCAUUGGUAUCUCUCUGAGCAAUGGCGGUCCAGCUGGUGGUAUAUGGAUGUUCCUCGUCGUGUGUUUCGGCAUGUUGUCUGUUACUCUCUCGAUGGCUGAAAUGGCAUCUAUGAUGCCAAUCUCAGGCGGCCAGUAUCACUGGGUUUCUGAGUUGGCUCCAAAGAGACAUCAGAAGCUCCUCAGCUACCUGGUUGGCUGGAUGUGUGCUAUUGGGUGGCAAUGUGCGAUGGGAACCACCGCACUCGCAGCGACCCAACAGUUGCAAGGCCUGAUAGCAUUAAACGUGCCAAACUACAUCAUCAGACCAUGGCAUAGCACAUUGUUUUGUAUCGCAGUCAUGGUAUUUGCGAUCAUCUGGAAUACUCUCGUCACCAAAAAGCUUCCCCUAGUAGAAGGCAUUGUGAUAGUGUUGUACGUCGUCGGGUUCCUCUCCUUCGUGGUCGUUUUGUGGGUCAUGGCUCCCCACACAAAUACCAAAGAUGUCUGGACGAAGUUCGAGGACAACAGUGGUUGGGGCAACGUUGGAUUGAGCACCCUAGUUGGCCUUCUCGGACCAGUCGUCACCUUGAUAGGCUCUGAUUCUUCCUGUCAUCUAUCGGAGGAGACCGUGGAUGCAGCAUGGGUCCUUCCACGAGCUAUGGUGGCAACUGCUACCCUCAAUUACACCAUCGGUUUCAUCAUGGCAGUCACUGUCAUGUCAUCACUGGGAGAUGAUGUCUCCGCAAUCCUGGCCACGACCUACGGCCAACCAUGGAUCCAGAUCAUGUUCAAUGCUACAGGAUCUCGAGCCGCAACGUCCGUCAUGGUAACAGUAGUGUGUGUUCUGUUAUUGUUUUGCUCGAGUUAUGGCAUCAUGACGGUGUCUCGCCAGCUGUUCGCGCUGGCGAGAGACAAAGGACUUCCUUUCUCAGAUUGGCUCGCAUACAUACAUCCAAGUUAUUACCUCCCUGUCAAUGCUCUUCUGGCGACCUUUUUCAUUACUACCCUCCUGUCUCUCAUAAUUUUGGGAUCGUCAAUCGCUUUCAACGUCAUUACUUCCUUGGGCCAGCUGGGACUCGUCUUCUCUUACCUUAUUGCAAUAUCUUGCGUUAUGGCCAAACGUCUACAAGCUCCUCAGGACCUCCUUCAAGCGAGAUUUAGCUUAGGCCAAGCUGGGAUGUUCAUCAACGCGGUCGCGCUGUGCUUCCUAGCCCUGGUAUCGGUAUUCUUGUUUUUCCCUGCUGCGCCAAAUCCGACGGCGGAGAGCAUGAACUGGAGCUGUGUGAUGUUCAGCGGCCUGUUGACAUUCGCUCUGGUAUGGUACUGGCUGGCUGCAAGACACAGAUAUCUCGGGCCUGUAGCGUAUGUGAAAGAGGUAUGA